AUGUUGGAGGAGCCCGGAGAGGAGGGCAGCAGGUUUGACAUGAUGGUCCCUACCGUGGUGUACCCAGGGUCGUCCUCACCCCUCAGGUCCAAGGAUGAACUUCAGUAUGGAGUAAUAAGACAGUUUACAUUUUCCUCUGGACUUCAAAGAAUGUCUGUGGUAUCCAGAAAGUUAAAUGGACAGAACUUUGAACUGUACACAAAAGGUGCCCCGGAAAUGAUAGCCUCCCUCUGCAAGCCGGAAACUGUUCCUCCAGAUUUCCAGGAAAAGCUGAUGUCCUUCACCAAACAUGGCUACAGGGUGAUUGCAAUGGCAUGGAAGGAACUGCCUCCUAAAAUCAAUUAUGUCAAAGUUCAAAGAAUACCAAGGGAGCAGGUGGAGAAGAACCUUAACUUUGUGGGUCUGAUCGUGAUGGAGAACAAACUGAAGCCUGAGACCACACCUGUAAUUAAGGAGCUGAGGGAGGCCAACAUCAGGUGUAUCAUGGUCACAGGUGACAAUCUAUUGACCGCCAUUAGUGUUGCCCGGGAGUGUCGCAUGGUAGACGCCGCAGACCAGAUCAUACUAGUGGAGGCUGCUGUUGCCAAGGACAAAAAGCCCGCACUGAACUUUGUGUACGCAGACGACAAGACGAAACCGGUGGAGGAGGUGAAAGGGGGUGGAUCCGGGAGUUUGAUCCAGAUUGAGGAGUUGGACCAGGUGUUCCACUUUGCUGUUGAGGGAAAGUCCUGGUCCGUACUGCAGCAACACUAUCCUGAGAUCUUAGACAAGAUUGCUGUUAAAGGAACUGUAUUUGCUAGAAUGUCUCCAGAGCAGAAAGGUCAACUUGUUGAAUUACUGCAGAAUCUUGGGUACUAUGUUGGAAUGUGUGGAGAUGGGGCCAAUGACUGUGGGGCCCUCAAGAUGGCCCACGCCGGGAUCUCACUGUCCGAGGCUGAGGCGUCAGUUGCCUCUCCUUUCACCUCCAAAGUCCCCAACAUCGAGUGUGUCCCCAAUGUAAUCAGACAAGGGAGAGCUGCUUUGGUGACUUCAUAUGGUAUAUUCAAGUACAUGGCCUGUUACAGCUUGACCCAAUUUGUGUCUGUGUCCAUUUUAUACUAUAUAUCAGCGAGCUUGACAGAUCCAGAAUUCCUGUACAUUGACUUGUUCCUCUUGUCAUCUCUCAGUAUUACAUUUGGAAGAACUCAUCCGUAUCCAGAGCUGGCCAAGGAGCCCCCUCCUAUCAGCCUGACCAACAUCUUCCCCAUCAUGUCCCUGGUGCUACAGAUGAUCAUCCAGGCAGCCGCACAGACCUUCUGCUUCCUCCAUAUCAAAGCCCAGCCGUGGUUUGAGCCUUUUGAGGAGAACCCUGAUGAUGACUACUGGAGCUAUGAGAACACCGCUGUUUUCUCCAUCUCCACCUAUCAGUACAUCAUUUUGGCCGUCACUUUUGCCAAAGGAUAUCCGUAUCGGAAAAACAUGUUUACCAAUUAUUGGUUUCUAGCAAAUGUGAUUGUUUGCUUUUUAACAACUGUAUGGGUCACAAUUUACCCUGAACCUGAAGGAUUUAAAAACCUCAUGGAGCUUCGUCCACCGGAACAGGUCAGCUAUCGCCUGCUGUAUCUAGGGAUAGCUGCUGCCAACUUCUUACUGUCCGUGCUGAUUGAGACAUACCUGCUGGACAAUCCUUAUUUACGAAGCAAAUUUUCACGAUUUAUUGACCAUUGUUUCCACCACACAGAAGUGAAGUAUAAAACAAUCGAAAGGGAAAUAACUGAGAAUCCGGACUGGCCACCAAUAGAAUCAUCACAAGGAGGCAUGGCUAAUGGGUACACACGGUUAGUCAGCAUCAGUUCAAACCACGAUGGUAGUCUUUACUGUCUCUCCGAUUCCGAAUCAGAUGUCAAGAGCCUCGUUUCCGUAUCAUCUAGCAAGAUACCACCACCCAACCAACAACUAACGAAUGUGGGUAAAUUCUCGGUGAAUCAAGGAUCUCUACCCUGCAUCGCUAAUGGUGAACCUAAUGACGCACCAGGCCCUGUUAAGACAAGUCAGAAGGUGAGGACACUCAGUGAAUCGGAUGCCAAUGGGAAGCUAGGUUUUGUUCCAGGGAACGACGACAGUAUUCUGUCUGAUGAAAUCACUUCUCUUGCUCAUGCAAGAUCCAGAGACCAAAUUUCUAACAGUUCUAAUGCAAUUCCUCUCCUUGAUCCACCCCCUGACAGGAAAAAGGUGUUGGAUCCCAAAAACUCAUAGGGGAAAAAAAUACCUGUAUGUUCACAGAUUUUUCAUACUAUUAAGUUAUUUGAAAGGAGAAUGUAAUUAGUAUAAUUUAUACAUGUAUAUGAUAGUAAAAAAAAAUGUAUUUAGUAUUUUUACAAAUUUUUAGAAAAUAGAAAUUUAGAACAAUCUAUGCCCAUGAAAAUCUAGAAAUGCUUAAAAUGUAAUGUUUUUAUCUGUACAACAAGUCCUAUUUCCAGGACCAGUCAAGAAAGUGUUGUCUUUAUAUCUACUAUGCAAUCCACUAUGAUUCUGAUUUCAGGUCAGGGGAAACUUCAAAUUCACUUGUCAGUUUUGUUUCUUUCAAAAAUCAAACUUUACAUACCCUGUCUUUGACCUACCCACAGAUAGGGAUCCAAGGUCAAUGUCAUUUAGAAUUAAUAGUAUUUGUACAAAUUGGACUGCCAUUUAUACAGUUAAUGAUACAAUAUACAAUAUGUAGAUAUUUGAAUUGGGCAUUGAGUAUUCUCUCCCAAUCUUGCUGUUGUUCACAUUUUCAAUCUCUAAGUAAAUUUUUACCAAAAAAAAUCACUUGUCAAAAUCUAUUGUACUUUACCAAAGAAACUGGUGAUACAGUUCUUCUGUAUUCAUCAAAUUAUAUUUUUGUAGACUUUGUUGUGUCACAGAUUCAAAUUAAUAUGAUCUCAAUUUUGCCUUUUUAAACAAAGUAUUCUUUGUUGAUCGUAGCUUUUAGUUCACUUCAAGAGCCAAACAUACCAUUCUUCCCAUGAUGGAGUUUACAUGCAGCAUUAUGUUUUUAAAAAAUCACUAUAUUCUGUCCCAAGAUAUUUAUGCAGCACAUUUUCUUCAAUCAUUCAAUAUUUAAAAUACCUCAGGGUUCAAACGAUGUUCAUCAGUAGUAUGAAAAAGUCUCAAGAUUUCUCCUUUGAAAUGCCCCCUCUAUCUUGUCAGGUUUCAAUACACGGUCUACACAAAGUUUACGGGAUUUUGCAUUGCAACAGACAUAAGUACCCGGAUGAUAAGGUUGAAAAAUUGUAUGAGGUAUUCAGAGUGACUUCCGAUUGGAUAAAAGAUUUAAACUUUUCCUGUUAUAAAUCUCUGUAAGAAAUCUGUUUUCAUUCUUGUGAAUUUUUAAGAGUGAAAAAUGAAAAUGUGUCAAUUAAUGAACAUGAUGAAGAUAUAUUAGAUAUAUUCCUUUUUAACGAUUUCAGUUGCAUUUCUUUCAUACGUAUGUAUGUGCAUUUUUAUUAAAAAUCGUCCAAAUCUGCUGCAUAGAUAUCUUGGGGCAGACUAUAGAUUAAAAUGAUACUUGUGGUGCUGUUUUUGAUAGAAUUUACAUACCAUGUACGUUUUUCCCAAUAUUUCAUAAUUUUUUUCACUGAAAGAUAAUUUUUUAGAAUCUGUUCGGACUAAAUUAGGCUUUUUUGGUAGAACAUGUAUAUUUAUAUUUUGAAAUUCAUUCUUUGUUGUUUAGUAGUAGAGCAGUAAUUGUUUGGCUGUAAAUUUAAUUGUUUACAUGUAAACUAUUGUGUAUGCCUAUUUUUACUUAUUGCUUGACCAUCUCUAUUUGAGAGGUGAAAAAUAAAAUUUCUAUUCUGAUCUUGAUGUUGUGAAAAGAUGACUACAUAUAUGGUAAUUAAAUUAUUCAACGUAUUAAGAAUAUUGAGAUACUAAAUAUGAAAUGUAAUAAUUAUUUUUUUAACUAAACAUGUAGUAAACAGUAUUCAUUGUGUUUUCUCAGAUUAUGAAAUGCCAAAAUUAUACUGUAUACAGGGUUAUUAUCACCCCAUAUAAUUUUCGCCUUUCUACACUUGCAAACAGUUUCUCCCUGUCUUCAAUUCGCUCAUACACAGUCAUGUUUUAAGAGAGAUAAUUUGAGACAUUGGAAUUUGCCCAGCCUUAAUUCGCUAGCUGAUAACUAAGGCGAAAGGGGCAAAAAUAAAACGGGGGCGAAUAUUUCCUUAUAUACAGUACAUGUAUAUCAUUAAGAAAUUGUUUACAUGUAGAAAUGUAGGAAUAUUAUUGAUAGGAGGAUAAAAUCCUGCCUUGUAAGAUAAAUUGUUUAUAUGUAGAAAUGUAGGAAUAUUAUAUAAAGUAGAAGGAUCAAAUCCUGUCUUGUAAGAUAAAUAGGGAAGUCUUUAUUUACUCAGAUAUUGUAAUAAAUGAUCUGAUGGUUUUCACUUUUGUGUUCAAAAGUUUUCAUCGAUUGUUUUAUGUACACCCAGCCUUGUAUAACACUGUAAAUGUUGCCUUCAGUUGGUAUCUGCACUAUUUAUAUGAUUAUUAUUUCUAUAAUUUGCUAUUUACAUUGUAUGCAUUUUUCUUAUAUGAUAUUUUAUUAAGGCAUCCACCAUUUCUGAUAACAUAGAUAUUUACGAUUGUAAUGCAAGUGGUCAAACUAAAUCUACACCAUUUAAUUCAAACUACUGUAUUAAUUUACACACCAAUUUUUUGGUUUUGUAUAAUUUUUAUUUUUAAUUACUAGUAAUUUGUUGUUUUUUUUAUCUCAAACUCUCAGUUAUAUUGAUAAAUUGGUUUAUUUUUGUUUCACUCAGACUCAA